AUGAGACCCGGAGAGGCAGUUGAUGACCAAAUCCCAUUCCUAGCAGCGUGUUCAAGGAGACAGGAGUGGUUGGAGGCAGGCACGACGGCAGCACGACAAGUCCAAGGAGACGGGAGUGGUUGGAGGCAGGCAUCAACGGCAGCACGACAAGUUCAAGGAGAAGGGAGUGGUUGGAGGCAGGCAUCAACGGCAGCACGACAAGUUCAAGGAGAUGGGAGUGGUUGGAGGCAGGCGUCAAUGGCAGCACGGCAAGUUCAAGGAGACGGGAGUGGUUGGAGGCAGGCGUCAAUGGCAGCACGACAAGUUCAAGGAGAUGACGGGAGUGGUUGGAGGCUGCAGGCAUCGGCGGCACGACAAGUUCAAGGAGACGGGAGUGGUUGGAGGCAGGCAUCAACGGCAGCACGGCAAGUUCAAGGAGAUGGGAGUGGUUGGAGGCAGGCGUCAAUGGCAGCACGGCAAGUUCAAGGAGACGGGAGUGGUUGGAGGCAGGCGUCAACGGCAGCACGGCAAGUUCAAGGAGACGGGAGUGGUUGGAGGCAGGCGUCAACGGCAGCACGGCAAGUUCAAGGAGACGGGAGUGGUUGGAGGCAGGCGUCAACGGCAGCACGGCAAGUUCAAGGAGAUGACGGGAGUGGUUGGAGGCUGCAGGCAUCGGCGGCACAACAAGUUCAAGGAGACGACGGGAGUGGUUGGAGGCUGCAGGCAUCGGCGGCACAACAAGUUCAAGGAGACGACGGGAGUGGAGGUUGGCAGGACAUGAGACAGUCGACAACGACAAGACUUAAUUUUGUUUAUAGUUGA